GGGUGAGGGUCGGUGGGGGUGAGUGCAAGUGGUUCUGGCACGGCCCGGAGACCUGCGGUAUCGUGAGGAGUGACUUCUACAAUGACGUCCAUCAGCAAGAACCUCUCCAGCCAGGGCAACCACACAUCUCUCAAGCAGGAACCCCCACAGGAGGAUCACCAGGCUCGCUUCGAACGCAGCAUCCGACGGCCUCGCUCGCGGUCGCGCACGGGCUCGUACGACAGCUUCGCCCUAGAUAGCUCGGAUGAGGAGGGGGUGUCGCCCCGGGAGACGGCGGGGGACGAUGAUUACUGCGUGAAGGACGCGAGUCGUGCAGAGCUGGGACGACGAGAAAUCAGCAUCGCGCAGCAGGACAUGCCGGCGCUCAUGGCGCUGAGGAAGAGAGCGGAGCGAGACAGCCCUCUCGCCGGGGCGCGCAUCGUUGGCUGCACGCACGUCACGGCGCACACCGCGGUGCUGAUUGAGACGCUGUGCGACCUCGGAGCCGAGUGUCGCUGGGCGGCGUGCAACAUCUACUCCACACACAACGACGUGGCCGCUGCACUGGCUGAGGCCGGGUGCUCGGUGUUCGCCUGGAAGGGCGAGUCAGAGGAGGACUUCUGGUGGUGCAUCGGGCGCUGCGUGUACUCGGAAGGCUGGAAACCGAACAUGAUCCUGGACGACGGGGGGGACCUGACGCACUGGAUGUACCGCAAGUACCCCAACGUGUUCCGCCAGCUCAAGGGCGUCGUGGAGGAGAGCGUGACCGGCGUGCACAGGCUGUAUCAGCUGUCGAAGUCCGGCAAGCUGACCAUCCCGGCCAUCAACGUCAACGACUCCGUCACCAAGCACAAGUUCGACACGCUCUACACCUGCCGCGAGACCGUGCUCGACGGGCUGAAGCGCUCGUGCGACGUGAUGCUGGGCGGGAUGCAGGCUGUCAUUUGUGGCUACGGAGAGGUCGGCAAGGGCUGCUGCGCUGCGCUCAAGGGCCUCUGCUCCAUCGUGUACGUCACCGAGGUCGACCCCAUCUGUGCUCUGCAGGCGUGCAUGGACGGUUUCCGAGUGGUGAAGCUGGGCGAGGUGGUGAGUUUGGUGGACAUCAUCAUCACCUGCACCGGGAACAAGCACGUGGUGCGGCGUGAGCACAUGGAGCGGCUCAAGGGAGGAGCGAUCGUGUGCAACAUGGGACACUCCAACACCGAGAUCGACGUGGCCAGCCUGCACACCACUGAGCUCACGUGGGAGCGAGUUCGCCCCCAGGUCGACCACAUCAUCUGGCCGGAUGGCAAACGCAUCACCCUGCUGGCCGAGGGCCGGCUGCUGAACCUGAGCUGUGCCGGCGUGCCGACAUGCGUGCUGUCCGUCACCGCCACCACGCAGGCCCUGGCUCUCAUUGAGCUGAACAACGCGCCCGAGGGCCGCUACAAGCGCGACGUCUACCUCCUGCCCAAGAAGCUCGAUGAGUACGUGGCCAGCCUCCACUUGCCGUCAUUCGGUGCGAGCCUCACCGAGCUGUCUGACGAGCAGGCGCGCUACCUGGGCCUCAACAAGGGCGGCCCCUUCAAGGCAAACUACUAUCGGUACUGAACACAAGCCACCCGUGCCGCUGUCUCCGUGUGGCCCACCCCGACUCCCGCCACACCUCGCUGGUGUCCCCGCCUGCUCCCUGUGUGGCCCCACUCACUGCCUCUCAAUCACGAAGUAGACGGGCCGAGGUGAGCACGUGGCUCUGAGGUCAGCCUGCUGAACUGGAGCCACCGAGACCCUGGGUGUUGCUCAAUGUGGUUCAACCCAUUACUUGGCGAUGCUGCUGUUGGCAGUGGUGCACAAGCAAACAAUCGCAACACAUUUGUCAAUGACACUGACUUAUAGGACAUUUUUCAGCACUUGCCCGAACUGCAUUGGCUUCCGGUUGCCCAACGAAUACAUUAUGAGUUCGCACUCAUUACACACAAAGUGCCUACCACAAAUAAACCACAAUACCUUGCUGGUCUCGUCAAGGAGCAUCAACCAUCAGCACGGAAACUCCGGUCAUCCUUGCAGUGGCUUUUGGCUAACCAUCGAUGCGUUUCUGUGGCCGUCUGGAAUGUUCUUCUUCCAAUAUUAGGAAGCCACUGGCACUAUGCACUUUUCAAUAAUCUAGAUUGAAACUAAUUUCUUUAGAACUGCUUUUUGUUUUAAAUUUCAAUUUGAUGUUUUCGUGACUGCAGGGAUUCAUCUUCUUGGUUCUUUCGGUAAAGUCACGUAGAAGGGAAAUAAUAAAAUAAUACAAAUAAAACAUAAUAAAAUAAUUCUCACGACGUUUCGGCCACAACGCACUGUCUUUCCGACAGACCUGUUCUUCACCUGAGGACGGCUGCUUGCGGUGUCUUUCUGACAGACCUGUUCUUCACCUGAGGACGGCUGAUUGCGUUGUGGCCGAAACGUCGUGAGAAUGAUUUUAUUAUGUUUUAUUUUUAUUAUUUUAUUAUUUCCCUUCUACGUGACUUUACAGAAAGAACCAAGAAGAACUGCUUUUUGUGUUUAGUUUGUUGUCCUUACCCCUCACCUAUUAGCACAGUUGGCUACGUACGGUGAAAAAGAAGUUCAACAUACAUACACUUUAACACGUAGGCUUUCGCGACCAAUAUCCAUAAUAAAGGUUUUUGGGUUAGAUCGUGUAAAUACAAACUGAGUACGACGUUUCGCCAGUAAUUACAACUAGCUUCAUCAGGCGACAGCCAGAUUUGUGGCAUAAUGUACAUUGCCUCAGUAAUCCCCCCCCCCCAAAUUGUACAAGAGCGCAGAAGGGUGAUCAACACAUCUAUGCCUCUAUAUAAGGAAUGAAACAGUAAGACUUCUCCACAAAUCUGGCUGUCGCCUGAUGAAGCUAGUCGUAAUUACUGGUGAAACGUCGUACUCACUUUGUAAAUGUUGUGGCUUGGCUCUCCACAAAACCGGUGUGCUGUACUAGUGACGAAUUGGCACGUUCUGUUUACGUGACAACCCUUACUAGUUGGCUGUGUCGGGUGGUGGCGGGUUUUCACGACACAUUUAUAUAUUUACGUGAUCUAACCCAAAAACCUCUAUAAUGGAUACAUACACUCAUGUGCCAUGGCGGAUGGCCAUUGCCCAGAACGUCAGCGAUAAUAUAUUGUUCCUCAUAAGGCUGUGCUUUUGACGAAUGUAUUCUCGUUUUUAUGAUUAACCGGGGUCUCUGGUGGCUUGGCAUGGCCCUGACACGGCUCAGAUGUGCAGUGGAGAAAAAAUCACGAGAGGUCAGGCCAUCGAGCUGGUACUGGCAAGAUCUUUGGGUUUGAAGGCAGGUUUCACCUGCUUGUGAAUAAACUGGGUUCUCAAGUGCAGCGAGUUGGUGAUGGUCUCAGCCUGGUCACCAAACACCCGUGGCACCCACACACAAAAAAGAUCGUAUGAAAUUUGAUUGUGCACUUAAUUUGUCCUAGCCAUGAGAAAUAAAAAUAUCACUUUGAUCAUCA